AUGACUCAACUUAAGAACAAAAAGAAGUCAAGAGCAGGCUACAAGGGUUAUCUGAGCUACGCCUUUUCCGAAGUGAACAAGUGCCUCAAGAACUAUACUGAAGACAUCAAGAACGAAAUCGAACGAUAAAAGGAAGCGCUCCGAGAACAACUGGAGAAAGUAACUACACUGAGCAACCAGAUCCUUACAUUGAUGGAAGCGGAUGACGAGUCGACUGAGGAAGAUAUGUCCAUGGUGGUACACGACACCAACAAACUGCGGUUUGAGGUGAAGUUGCGAUUGUCCGCCAUCGGGAAACUGCUAGCCACAAAUUUGCCGAAUGAACCGCCGCCGUCAUCGCCCAGCCCCUCCGUGGAACUGCAAGAGCAUCAAGCCCCAUGGUCGUCCCAUCCAACUGCUCCCUUUCGGGUUAGAUUGUCGAAACUCGAGGUUUGGGGGCAACAUUGUUGAAUGGCAGGAGUUUUGGUACUCCUUUGAGAGUGCAAUUGACAAAUAAUGCGACUUUGGCCGACGUCGAUAAAUUUUCAUAUUUGCGAGGCCUUCUGAUCAAGCUAACACGGUCGGCGAUAGCUGGAUUUGCCCUUACGUCAGUAAAUUAUAAAGCAGCGACGGGACUGCUAAAGAGAAGUUAUGGAAAAAGGACUGCCAUCCAAAGAACGCACAUCAAAGACCUCAUGAACAUAGAGCCCAUCUAUAGCGAACGAGAUGCACACUAGCUUCGAGCCUUGUGCGACUUCGCCGAGAUCAAGCACCGGGCCUUGGAACCACUUGGUGUGACCAAGAAACAUACUCCGCCAUCGUAGUGCCAUCACUGUUGGAGAAACUUCCAGAGCAGCUUCGUCUGACCAUCACGAGAGGCGAAGACCACCACGAGUGGAAUUUAGAGCCACUCUCAGACAUCUUGGGCCAUGAGGUUGAACUGCGAGAAGAAUACCACAGGAACCCGCGAAACACGAGAAACCCUCAAGACGAGUUCAAGAGGAAAACAUCAAUGCACACUGGAAAGCAAAUUAACUGUGACUUUUGUCUGGGAGGACACAACCAUGAGGAAUGCAAGAAAGUCAAGAAUGUCCAUGAGCGUAAGCAAUCAUUAGUUACAUUUGGUAGAUGUUUUAAUCGUAUUCGUAAGGGACAUCUUUCUAGGGACUGUAAAACGAACGUAAUUUGUAAGUUAUUAUUUUUUUAAGGGAAAAGACCAUUCGUGUCUUUGUAGUGCUGACUCCUCAAGGGAAGGGGAAAAGUCAGAAAAUUUGGGUAA